AUGAAUAUAUACAUUAGGAGAUCUUGUUUAUCAUUUGUUUUACUAACAGCUCUUAUUGAAGCAAUACAGGCUAAUAAAACUGAAUCCAACUCAGAAGGUCGUCAAGGACGUGUUAAUGGAAGGAUAGUAAAACUAUACUCAGGAUCUAAACCAGAGCCAAUCAUAUGCCUCGAUGAAGGAUUUAAAGCAGAUCCAGUGGAUUGUUCCGUAUUCUAUCGAUGCGUAAAAACAUCAAAAGAAAAAUAUAAUAUUUUCAGGUAUCAAUGCGGUCCAGGAACUGUAUAUGAUCCCGAAAAUGAAGUUUGUAAUCAUCCUCGUAAUACAAAACGAUCUGAAUGUGGUGGACUAAUCCCACUAUCUCAUGACGCAAAUGAGGAAAAUGAAAUAGAGGACCAUGAAUUACCAUCGCCUAUAACUACUAAACUACCUGUGUAUUCAAGCUAUUUAGAAUUAAGCAAUGCCACACUUGUAACAAGAACUACUGUAGAACCACAACAGUUAAAUCUUAAUUCGAAAACCACUACAACAAGAUCUGUUCCACUAAUGACAACAAACAAAUAUGAAGUUUCAUUGCCAGCUUACCCAUGGACGGAAUCUAAAAAUGAUAAAAACCAAAUGUCGUAUUUAACGACUAUAUCACCAACCUCUGACAAAAGCUCUCCGUGCAUAGCUGAUGGUUUUAUCGGAGAUACUGAAAAUUGUAGAAAGUUUUAUCGAUGUGUAAGAAAUUCGCGUGGAAGCUUUACACGUUAUGAAUACUUAUGUAGCGAGGCUACAAUAUGGGAUGACAAUAUUAAGAGUUGUAACCACGUUUGGGCAGCUCGUAAUAGUCGAUGUGGACAAAAUGACUAUCACUCACAUUAUAACAAAAAACCUUUUAGUGAUGUAACAUCAGAGAAAGAACCACAAGUAAAUUAUGCAUCAACAAGUACAAAUGAUAUGCUGGAACAAAAUAAUGUUGAGUAUGGGAGUAAAGUAAAUAUAGAUAAAAUUGAAGGCAACCACACCCAAGAAUAUAACAAGCAAUCAGCACACUGGCCUCAAUAUGAAGCAAAUCACGCUAGUGGAGAAAGUUUAGUAAAUGCAGAAUACGGAAGUAAAGAUAAAAAAACUACAGUGGUUUAUAAAUCAACACAAUGGCCUCAAAAUGAAGCAAAUUAUGCUAGCAGAGAAAGUCAAAUAAACGCAGAAUAUGGAAGUAAAGAUAGAAAAACUACGAUAGUUUAUUCUACAGAAGAGCCACAUUUAAAUAAAACAACACUUCCUAGUGAUACAGGAAAAUCUAAACAAUGUUUGCAAAGUGGCUUUAUGGGUGAUCCAAAUGACUGUAGUCGAUUUUAUAGAUGUGUUGAUAACGGCAGAGGUAGUUUUACGAAAUAUGAAUUUACUUGCAGUCAGGGUACAGUCUGGGACAGUAGAGCAGAAGCUUGUAAUCAUGCAUGGGCUGUUCAGGAAUGUGGUGGAUCGUCAUCAAACAAGGAUAUUUCUCCUACAAUUGGCCCAAUUGAAUACGAAACUAGUCUUACUGCUACUUCCAGUAGUAGUGUCAGUACUACUUCCAGUAGUAAUUACCAUAGCAGUCGCUUACCAAGUCAAACUACUACAACAACAAAAUAUCCGACAAGCAGCACUACCAGUGAUAUUGCUGAAAAUAAUAAUAAUAGUUAUUUCAAUGAAAUUGAAGAAGAAACUCAAGAAAAAGUUACUACUCGAACUACCGUAUUACUGAUAUCUAGUACGACAUCUAGUAGACCUUCAUUAAAAGAAUGCGAAGAAACUGGUUUCUUUGGAGAUCAAAAUGAUUGUCAGAUAUUUUACCGAUGUGUUAAUAACGAAAAAGGAGCUUUUACAAAAUAUGAAUAUAGGUGUGGCGAAGGUACUUUAUGGGAUCAAGAUCUCCAAGCGUGUAACCAUGCUUGGGCCGUUAAAUCGUGUGGACAACAAUCAGUUACAAACGUACACGAAACAACAAAAACCAAUGAUAUAGUUACAACUAGUCCAUAUAAUCAAACCACCACAUUGGGAUAUGUACCCAAUAAUGACUAUAAUAAUUCAGAAUAUAAUACGCCGUUGCCCAUAGAAACUACGAAAUCUGAUGCUACAGUAACUCAAAAUACACCAAAACAGCCAAUGACACAGGAAAAUGUAUGUCAAGAUACUGGAUUUAUUGGUGAUUAUAAUAACUGUAAAGUUUUUUAUAGGUGUGUAGAUAAUGGAAAUGGUGGAUUUAUUCAGCAUGAAUUUAUAUGUGGCGAAGGAACUGCCUGGGAUCCCAAUAUUGAAGCAUGUAAUCAUGCGUCGGCGGUAAAACGAUGUGGCGGUACUAAAGAUAUAGAGGAAGAAAUACAGUCGAAUACUCAGACAAAUAUUGAUAAUUUAAAUAAUGGAUAUACAAGUCAAAACUAUAAUUCUCAAAGUACAAUUUCAAGCUCACAAAUACCAACUUCUGAUACAACGAAUAUUGAUAAUGAUAAUUUAAAUAAUGGAUAUACAACCCUAAACUAUAAUUCUCAAAGUACAAUGUCAAGCUCACAAAUACCAACUAUAUCAUCACCAACGACUUCGAGUUUAAAUGAGUGUAAUACUAAUGGCUUUGUAGGUGAUAAAAAUGAUUGUAAAAAAUUUUACAGAUGUGUCGAAAGUGAAACUGGAGUUUAUGAAAGGUAUGAAUUUUUUUGUGGUGACGGAACAUUAUGGGAUCCAAAAAUUCAAGCUUGUAAUCAUGCAACGGAAGUAAAAGAAUGCAAUAGUAUAGCAAGCACGGAACAAAAAGACAAUGUUACUGAAAUAUAUGUGAAACCUACGACAAGUUCUAUAGAUGAAAAUGAAAAUGGCUACAUUACUCAAAAUAACAAUCAACCAGUUUAUUCUUCUCCUAGCACGACAGUACGUAGCCCUACAUUAACGACAUUAGCAGCAAGAAAUGAAACUAAUAAAUGUGAAUCUAGCGGAUUUAUUGGUGAUGAAAACGACUGUCAAAAAUUCUACAGGUGUGUUGAUGAUGGUAAUGGAGACUUUAUAAUGUAUGAGUUUACAUGUAGUGAAGGAACAGCUUGGGAUUCGAAGAUUACAGCAUGCAAUCACGCAUGGGCUGUAGAAAAAUGUGGCAAAAACCAAAAUGAAUUAAUGGAAACAACAUCUCAUUCUGUACAAGCUGUUAAUACAACGACUCAACAAACAACCGUAUCUACAAUUGACUCAAGUCAAGCAACAUCUCAAACACAGAUAUCCCAUACACCAGUAGUCGCGUCUACAUCUCCAACUUCUAAACCUAAUGAAUCAUCUGCGAAAGAGCAAAAAUGUAACUCAGAAGGAUAUUUCGCAAAUGAAAAUGACUGUAGAAAAUUUUUCCGAUGUGUUUAUAAUGGUAAAGAUGGAUAUACCAAGUAUGAGUUUGAUUGUGGUGAAGGUACAGUUUGGGUUCAAGAAAUUCAAGCUUGUGAUCAUGAUACGCAUGUAGCAAAUUGCACUUCUUCAGCUACAGUUAUAACAACAUCAACUGGUUCAUAUGAAGAAUCGUCCUCUGCAACAAGUUCUAUAGAUAAAUCAAAUACGACAUCUAGUGCAACAUCUAGUUCACAAUCUAGUACUCUAUCUAGUACAACAACAGAUAAGCCAUCAACAACUACUUCGAUUCCUGUUGAAUCAAAACCAACUUCAGAGCAAACAGGCCAAACUUAUUGUGAAAAUGAAGGAUAUUUCGGUAAUACUGAAGACUGUAAAAAGUUUUAUAGGUGUGUCAGUAAUGGAAAAGGAGGAUAUACAAAAUAUGAUUAUACAUGUGGUGAAGGUACUAUCUGGGAUAAUGAUAUUGUCGCCUGUAAUCAUCCGCAAGAUGUGACAAAUCCGUCAUGUAAAUCUGAUCAUGAAAAUACAUCCAGUAAACCACAACAGACAACCACUGAUAAGGACUCAGGCUAUAUCACAAGUUCACCUGGGUCAACGUUAGAAUCUUUAACCACCACAAGUGAAUCAAGUAGUUCUACAUCCAAUGUAGGUAAUGGAACUAAUACUAACUGUACAGACAAUAAUUCUAUUGAAAGUUCUAGUGGUCAAAACAUUACAUGCCAGAAAGCUGGUUAUUAUGCUGAUCCAUAUGACUGCAAAAAAUUCCACAGAUGUGUAGAUUGGGAUGGUAACGGUGAGAAAUUUUCUGUGUUUCAUUUUGAAUGUAGUGAUGGGACAAUUUGGGAUCCAGCUCUCGAAACAUGUAACCAUAAAGAUUCAGUGUACCCUCCUCGUGACUGCAGUGGAGACCAGCAACAAAGUCAGAAUGUAACAGAAUCAGCUACAACUACUGCGAUAACUACUACAUCUGAAAGCCCGCAAACGACACAAACAUUGACUACUAAAGAAACUACACCACAAAUGACAACAAGUGAACAAUCUACGACACAAUCGUCGACUAGCGAACAAUCUACGACACAAUUGUCAACAAGUGAACAAUCUACGACACAAUCGACAACAAGUGAACAAUCUACGACGCAAUCCUCGACAAGUGAACAAUCUACGACGCAAUCCUCGACAAGUGAACAAUCUACGACGCAAUCAUCAACAAGUGAACAAUCUACGACACAAUCAUCAACAAGUGAACAAUCUACGACACAAUCAUCAACAACUGAACAAUCUACGAUACAAUCAUCGACAACUGAGCAAUCUACGACACAAUCAUCGACCACUGAACAACCUACGACACAAUCAUCGACAAGUGAGCAAUCUACGACACAAUCUUCGACAACUGAACAAUCUACGACACAGCUAACGACAAGCGAACAGUCGACACAAAGUACUUCUACGGACCAAACAACUACUCCAUCAAAUCAGGAGCAAACUACAAAGUCAAGUACAGAACAAACAGAUAUGACAGAAUCUACGACAGAAACAACUCAUUUAACAUCAAUGUCAACUGAUCAAACUACAACAGAACAAGUAACUUCAUCAACUGAAAAGUCAACAACUACGGAAGAUAAUAUUUCACAGAUAACUGAAGUUCAAAGUACAACCACAGAAUCCACAACCACUGAAAGUGAUAAAGUAUCAAGUACAGAGUCUACAACAUCCAACCAAGAAUGCCCCGAAACGGAUGGAGAUCAAUUUUUAUUUGUUUGUCCAACAUCAUUUAGACGACAUCCCAAAUAUUGCAAUUUAUUUUAUCAAUGUAUUGAAGAUAAUGAUAGUCAUGAAGUUAAAGUAGCAGUAUUCAAUUGCCCUAAUAAUACUAUAUACGAUGAAACUAAAGUUCAAUGUGUUGAGGAAGAAAAGAGUGAUAAAAAAUGCAAUGGACAGAUGGCACAAAAACACAGAGUAAAGAGGCUAGGAGCUUUCUUCAAUGAGCCGAUCCUCGUAACAGAAGAAAGUAUGGCAUGUUCCAGUGUUGGCCAUUUUCCUUUUGAAAUAAAUGAAGUUUGCUCAGAGGCCUUCUUAAAAUGUGAACUAACUCAGACUGGCAAGUUACGGAGCUAUGUAUACAAAUGUCCAGAAGGUUUUGUUUAUUGGAAAAUUAGCAGAAGAUGUGAACCGAUACGAAAAGUGAAAGAUUGCAAGAGAUCGUCAUACCCUUGGAAAAGAAGAUACGAUUUACCGCUGGAAACAUAUAACAUCGGGUCU